GCCGGAGAUGUCGCGCGUGUCCGCUCACGCGUCAACACGCGACGCGACUGGAUCUCUCGAUGUCGAGCUCGUCGACAACAUCAUCCAUCACCAUCCUAAUCUUCUUGCCAUCCUCUUGCCUACACUCCUACUCCAUCUUGUCGCCAUCGCCAUCCGCGCUGCUCAAGUCCAGAUUGGAAGUCCCGUGCUUGUCAUCAGUCCUCAUCCUCAUCCGGCCCGCCGAAGGCUUUGGACGCGUCAACAAUAGGCGCCGACCUUCCAUCACCUCCACCUUCUUUCCUACACUCCGCCGUCUCGUGAAGUCGCAACGCCGCUCACUAUGGGACGCGAGAUCAUCUCUAUCCAAGCUGGUCAAGCUGGAAACCAGAUUGGAUCAGAAUUUUGGCAGAAGCUAUGCGCGGAACAUGGGAUCUCACCAACGGGCAUGCUCGAGGACACUGCCGAGACCCAGGGCGAUCGUAAGGAUGUCUUCUUCUACCAGGCCGAUGAUGAGCAUUACAUCCCUCGCGCAAUCAUGAUCGACCUCGAACCUCGAGUAAUCAACAACAUUCUGACAUCGCCGUUCAAGGGGCUGUAUAACCCUGAGAACAUCUAUGUCUCGAAGACUGGCGGCGGCGCAGGGAACAAUUGGGCGCAGGGGUAUGCUGCGGGCGAGCGCGUGUACGACGACGUGAUCGAGAUGAUCGACCGAGAAGCGGACGGAAGUGACAGUUUGGAAGGCUUCAUGCUACUUCACUCUAUCGCUGGCGGAACAGGAUCAGGGCUUGGCUCUUUUCUUUUGGAGCGCUUGAACGACCGGUUCCCGAAGAAGCUCAUUCAGACAUACUCGGUAUUCCCAGAGGCGUCUGACGUCGUGGUGCAGCCGUACAACUCGCUUCUAGCCACCAAGCGGCUGGUCAACAAUGCCGACUCUGUCGUCGUGCUCGACAACGGCGCGCUGACGCGCAUCGCCGCUGAUCGCCUGCAUGUGCAGGAUCCCAGCUUUGUUCAGACGAAUCAGCUCGUCUCCACCGUCAUGGCGGCCAGCACCACCACCCUCCGUUACCCCUCGUAUAUGAACAAUGACCUCGUCGGUAUCAUUGCGAGCCUGAUCCCCACUCCGCGGUGCCACUUCCUCAUGACGAGCUACACCCCGUUCACAGGAGACGAGAUUGACAAGGCCAAGUCGAUCCGGAAAACGACCACGCUCGACGUUAUGCGCCGCUUGCUACAGCCCAAGAAUCGGCUCGUCUCGACCACUUCUACGCGCACCUCGUGCUACGUGUCGUGUUUGAAUAUCAUUUCGGGUGACGUCGACCCAACAGAUGUCCACAAGUCGCUUUUGCGCAUCAGGGAGCGACAGCUCGCCAAUUUCAUCCCUUGGGGCCCAGCCAGCAUUCAAGUGGCCCUCACGAAGCGCAAAACGUCGCAGAACCGCGUAUCGGGUAUCAUGAUGGCCAACCAUACUAGCAUGGCGUCUCUUUUCAAGCGCAUGCUUGACCAGUAUGACCGGCUGCGCAAGCGCAAUGCCUUCCUUGAACAAUACAAGAAAGAGGAGAUGUUUGCCAACUCUCUGGAAGAGUUUGAUGAUUCUCGACGAGUGGUUGCGGAAAUGGCUGAGGAGUACAAGGCGAUGGAGAGCGAGUCGUAUAUCAACUUCGGAUGAUGCGUCUUUGGUAUCAAUUAUCACCCACAUGUAUAGUAGCUAG